UACGAGAACAAUAAUCCAUGUUAGUUCAACUUAUAGGGACUGUUCAAAGAAUGUUUUAUACGCUGAAAAAAAUUCAAUUCUUCCAGAUAUUACGGAUUUAAUUUACCUCAAAGAAAUGAUAUCGUGAUUGCUUUGAGAGAUUGACCAUUGGUCAAAAUAUUUCUGCUGUCGUUAAUGGUUUACAAAGUUCAGAAAAAGAAAUCAAUAUUCCGAGAGGAAAUGUAUUUUUAUAUUUAUCUUGUAAAAUACGAUUCAAAAGAUAAUGGUUGAGUCGUAUCAUCAAAAGAAGCAACAUUUAAUGGCUUGAUAGUGAUAAAAGCAAACCCUCGAAUGAUUUUCGCUUCCCAUUAACGACCUCUUUUUUAAUUCCACCAGAGUGGAUGAUUGCGGAUGUGCGAUCCCAGCAUUUGACAUUUGCGGCUCACAAUUGACAACUUAGCGAAAGACUAGUUGUCUUGCGAAAGCUUUUUCUCUGGCAAACAUUCAGCUGGUCAAACAAAGUUAGUCUUCCAUUAAUUAUUUUGAUAGAUCUGCCGUGCGAUAACUGGGUUUAAAGCCCCGCUGAAAGCCAGUAAGCUUCGCACACUAUUUAGAAUAUCGCCUGCUUGCCGACUCGCCUGAAAGUAAUAAGCAAGUUGCUUAUUAGUAAUAUUGCGAACCGUUAGAAAACUGCCUGCCGCUUUUUGCGAUUCUACGAAAGACCAUGGGCGACGACUCAAGUAUCAUCUGCCAGACGGCUUACAACGAUUGCCUGCGGCACGAUAUUGAGAACAAUAUCACGGAUCCUGAUUUCGACCAUGGUUGCUGGAAGGCCUUUUUUGACCUGUGCCUUCCAACAGAGCGUCCAACCCAAGUCGACUCCAACAAGGCGGCUUUAGCUUUCGACAUACCGCUUAUUUUGAUCGCGGCGUUGUCGAUUGGCACCAAUUCUCUCGUAUGCAUCGUGUUCUGCCUUUACAGACAGCUUCGGUUGAUAAGGCAUUACUUCGUGAUCAAUCUCGCAGUUGCCGACAUCUUGAUUGCCGCCAUUCUGAUACCGCUUUUUGUCGCAGCCCAGUUAACAACUGACAAUAUUGCUUUAUGUCGUUGUCAGAUCGUGUUGGACAUCGCAUGCGGCACGGCAUCCCUUCUGUGUCUUGCGUUUAUCAGCCUAGAGAGAUACGUCGCCGUCAAAUACUCGCUUCACUAUCACUCAAUAGUUUCUCAGCGUAAAGCCAUAUUUUGCAUGGCAUUCAUCUGGAUAUAUUCCAUCAUUGCCUCUUGUGCGGCCUUCUUGUCCCUGCUGAAAGACUCCGAUAACGAGUCGUGCUUAUUCUUUGGACGCGAGUACGUUACGUUCAUCACAGUAGCAAGUUUUGUUACCCCGGUCGGCGUUAUGGCUAUUUCUUACUGGAACAUAUUCCUCGUUGCUCGCGCUCACGCUCGCAGAAUAGACUCAUUGUCCAUGCAAGGGUAUUCUGAGAGAUCAGGCGAGUCAAAACGCAGGAUGAAGCGCGAACUCAAAGGAGCGAAGAUUUUAACCAUCAUAAUGGGAACUCACUUUGUUUGUUGGUGCCCGUUGUUUGUUUUCUUUCUUGUUUACACAUACUGUCCCUCUUGCCGAGGGGACACCAUGCGGGUUGUGAACUACGUCAUACUGUUCCUCCGACAUUUCAACUCGUUCUGUAAUCCACUUAUUUACAGUGGGAUAAACAAGCAGUUCAGAGCCGCUAUCAAAAGAUUUGUGCUGCAUAGAAACGAAAGCAUUGAAGAACUACAAACAACGGCUGCUACAAGAUCUUGACUGACAUUUUCUGACGCUGGUAUUUGUUCCAUAUUACUGUAGUUUAAACUGACAUCUUCUUUUACUUCAUAUAUAAUAUCAGCUUAACAUCUUAUUCAAAGUCAGUCUUGCCAAAAGUGUAUGCACGUGUACCCAGAAUUAUUCUUCUUUCCUCUUCAUCGGGAGUAAAACACCAUGCUAAAGCGGUUUUUCAAUUGAGUGUCGUAAAACAACGACCAAAGUGAGGAUAAACAAUCCCAAUAACCAUUCUAAUCGCAGUAAGUCCAUGUAGCUGACGCAGAGAGCGGGAAAACGUGAGUGAGCGAGUCUGGUUUUGGUUUAACUUCUAAUUGGAUGAAAAAGUGACGCGAGUUUUUUAAGCCAAUCAUGUAACGCAGAAAUCCAAAGUCAAUUACUUUUCGACGCUCAAGUGGAAACUGCUACGGGUAAUAUAUUAAAGAAUUAUUUGUACUCGCUAAACAGUGACCUUCCUUUAUAUUUGGGAUUGCACAAUUCAAUUACAAUACAAUAGUAAACGUUUUGACCUCACGUUUUUCUCGUUAAGGUGUCCAUUCGUUUCUUUUUCUGUUACUUGAGAUUUUAUUUUCAAAAACAGUAAAAACCACCCUUGUUUUUCUUUGUUUUUAGUUUUUGUACUGUUUUCCUCGCGACCCAUGGCUGACCCAGUUUGGCCACAUGGUUGUUAUGGUGUCUUGCGUGCUCGUUGGUAUUCUAAGAAUAGUACGAAAAUUGAUAGCAGUGAGCAGAACAUUGUGAAUUUAGACAUCCGUUUUAUGUCGUUCGUGUAAUUCAUUAUCCCUAGAAAGUUGAUUUACACUUAUUUUAUUGGUCAUUUUAAUGAGUCGCGUUAUACAUGCAUGUUUAAGGCGGCAGAAAUCUCUCCGGUAGUACAUGGAUAUGAUAAAGUUGUAAUACCGUGGAAACGAUAUGUUCUGCUUUUUUAUUUGUGUAUGUAUUAGCUAAUUUAAAACCUUUUCCGCAAAGCACGUUUUCUCGGACAUUAGAGAGAUAAAGCAUGACGUUACGUCAAACGGCAAAAAUUUUCAUUUUUGCCGUCUGUCUUCAGCUGUCUAUACAGUAGAGUGAAAAUAUUUGUAUUUGCGGUGAAUAGUAGAAAAAAUUUGCUAAUUUUGGUGUGACGUAGUUAAGGAUUAGAAGAAAAGAACACAAAUUCAGAGAUAAUCUUUGCCGUUUGCCGUCUACGGUAAACGUCAUGCUUUAACUCUCUCUAUUAAUUAAAUUCCACGUGAGAGUAAAAUACGACAUCUAAAUUAGACCUGCAAUUUAUUAUUUUGGCGAAAUGAGGCCAUUUAAUGACUCUACUAUCUUAGUUUCAGACAUCAUGCCAUAACCAAAGCAAUCUUCGUGUAUAUUCUGUAGUUUUAUUAUAUCUUGUUUAGUUUCUCGCAGUAUAUGCCAUAAAUAGAAACCUUCAAUUAAAGAAGAGCGUGCUCUUUAAUUAGAUUUGAAUGACAACGGAUUUGGUGGCGUAAUUGUAUUAGAUUGCAAAGAAAAUCAUCGGAUGGCGGUUUUAGCACAUUGAGAUUUUUGACCAAAAUUUCACUUUAUGAAUUUUACUUUCAUGUUGAGACUUUAUAUUUGCUCAAGGUUUUAUUACUAUUAUUAUUGUUAUUAUUAUUAUCAUUAUUAUUAUUAUUUCUCUAUUUAUUUAUUUAUUUAUUUUUGUUGCUGUGUGUCUGUGUGUAUUUUUCACAAAGGAAGAACUGCAUUGCAUCUCGUCUCUCAAAAUUAGUCCCGCCAUUAUUCCUAGAGAUGUUCCUAACUCAUGUUUUGACCCUUGAGAUGCAAUAGCGUCUUUCCAAAAUAAUAAACAUACUUAGUUGUCUACUUUAACUUUAGUUUGCUUAUGUGAAGAAAGAAUUAAUAAAUAAACAAUGAAGGUGUAAGGUUAGGGUUAAACAGAAACUGCCACCGCGGACAGUGUUUAGCUUUUCUUAUAAGAGCAUUUGUGUGUCACCUUUUCCAACGUAGAAAUGUAUGAGAUUAAGGUCCAGUCCACAAUACGCCGGUGGAAUUUGAAAACGGGGGUUUAACUCUGAAAACGCAUCAAA